AAAACAGUUAUAGCUUAAGGGAAUACAUGCAACACUAUGUACGUCUCAUAACCAAAUAAAACAUAAUAAUCACAUUGAGAGAGAACUCAAGAUAGAAUGGCACAGGCACAACAUGAAGAGAGGAUCCAUGAAAACCAAAAAGAAAAGGAAACCCAAGAAACAGGAAACUCUAGCUUCAAAUUCAAUGCCCAAGCACCUGAAUUUGUUCCAAGAUCACAUACCCAGAUGCCAGUUUCAGGUUAUUACUACCCUUGCUUCCAAAUUUUUGGUGGGUCUAGUGAGUCAGCUGAUUGGUUCUUUGUUGGGGACCAAGAUCCUUCUUGUUUGAUCCCUACUCCCAAUGUUGCACAACCCAAUUCCUCCAAGAAUAUUCUUACCCCUGAUCUUCAACAAAAAAUCGUUAAACAGGUGGAGUAUCAGUUCAGUGACAUGAGUUUGUUAGCAAAUGAAUCCUUUCAUAAACAGAUGAAUAAAGAUCCUGAAGGUUAUGUUCCAAUAACCGUAAUUGCUUCUACCAAAAAGGUUAAAUCUCUUGUUAGUAACAUUAAUAUGCUUACUCAAGCUAUACGUUCAUCUUCAAAACUUGUUUUGAGUGUUGAUGGAAAAAAGGUUAAGCGUAAACAUCCUUACACUGAAAAGGAAAAAGAGGACUUGCUGGCUCGCACUGUUGUGGCAGAGAAUUUACCUGACGAUCAUUCCCAUCAGAAUCUUCAAAAAAUCUUUGGUAUAGUUGGGAGCGUGAAAACGAUCAGAAUAUGCCAUCCCCAAGAGCCUAAUUCUUCUCGCCCAAAAUCUGAUUUCAUCGUCAGUAAUAAGCUCCAUGCACUAGUGGAGUAUGAGACAUCAGAUAUAGCCGAGAAAGCUGCUGAGAAGUUAAAUGAUGAAAGAAAUUGGAGGAAAGGGAUGCGUGUAAGGUUGUUCCUUAGAUGCUCGCCAAAAUCUGUUCUGAAGAGUAGAAAGUCAGAAUUUGAUGGAUAUCUAGAUGAUGACGAGAUUAUAAAUUUUGAAUCUGUUGAGGAUUCUUCUCCUUCUCACUCAAACAAUGCUGAAUUGUUUGAGACAAAUGUUGAUGAAAAUUGGGUAGGAUGUAAGAAAGGAUGGGCUGGUAGAGGACGUGGAAAGGGUAGAGGGCGCACUCAAGGACGUGGCCUACUUGCCCCACCCUCUCAAUCAAGCAGUACUAUCCUUUGUGAUGCACACACAAAACACAACACUAAGGGCCCAAGAAUGCCAGAUGGAACAAGAGGCUUCACCAUGGGACGUGGCAAGCCAAUGAGUCCUUCUUCUCAUGUCACUUCACCUAAAGAGUGAUGGAUAUUUCUUAAGUUUUUCCUUUGGCUACAUAUAGUGAACUUAGGAGAAUUCUUUGCAUUUCUUCACCACAGUUAUUUAAAAUCAGCAAAAGUGUUUUAGAAGACCCUAUUAUGUGGGCUACUAGACGGGUAGUCCCAAUUUUUUAGAUUUGACCAGUUUAGUAAUAAUUCAUGAUGUAUAGUGUGAUAUGGUAUGGCAAUCCUUAUGAUAAUGGCCACGAAGAUUUUAAAUCUUACUUAGCUUUCAAUUUAGUGAGGGGUAUUGUUUUUAAUGUCGGAAAUAAGUGC